AAACAACACAACAGCCCACGGUUUUGCUCUCCAUCCUCCCCGCCGCCUCGUCACCCCUCCUCCCCCUCCGGCUACUGCUUAUAGUCGCCUGCUGCCCCCGCGGCCCUUUUCCCUUCCACCACCCCCCACCCACCCUCUGCUCUGCGCUUGCCUGCCUGCCUGCCUGCUUCGUCUUCGUCUUGGCUACUGCAGCUAGCGCGUGCUGCUCCUCCAUCUUCUCCACUUCGUGCCCUCUGCACUUCGUCUUGCCGGCGCUGUUCCCAGCUCCCGUCAAAAGACCGGGAGUUUUUUUUUUUUCUAAGUGCGGCCAAGUUGUCGAUCGGCUGCUGGUUGAUUGAUUAGUCGAUGAAGGUGGCGGCGGCGGCGGAGAUGGGCGCGGUGGGAGUCGUGCAGGUGCAGGCGCAGCUCGACCUCAACCUCGAGGUGGCGCCGUCGGCGGCGCUGCCGGAGCCCGCGGCCGCGCCGACGGAGCGGGAGGCCAAGAGGCGCCGGGUGGCGCACGCGGUGCCGGCGGCGGCGGGGCGCCGCGGCAGGAGGCGCCGCGUGCAGGCCGCCACCGCCGUGCAGCGGCUCUUCCAGGCCUGCCGCCACGUCUUCAGGGGCCCCGGCACCGUCCCCAAGCCCGCCGAGGUCCAGAUGCUCCGCGACAUGCUCGACAGAAUGCGGCCAGAGGAUGUCGGCCUGAGCCCAGAUCUCAGGUACUUCAGGACUCGAGACGCCACUCAGGGCAUCCCAACAAUUACACACACGACGAUCUACAAAUGCCCGAAUUUUUCGAUGGUUAUCCUCUUCUUGCCACGAAACGCUGUCAUUCCUCUGCAUAACCACCCCGGAAUGACUGUGUUCAGCAAGCUGCUCCUUGGGUCGAUGCAUAUCAAGUCGUACGAUUGGGUCGAUGCUGAACCUGAUCCUUCCGCGACCACCUGUUCUUCAUUGUCGUCAACCGAUGCUCAAUGUAAGCUUUCUCCUUGCUGUAUUGUCGUCGGCGGCUUGGUUGUCUCUUCUGUUGUCAACCCCUCUGUAGCAGAUAUAUAUAUAUAUGUUGAAAUGCUAAGAUUUUGUUCUUUCUCUGCAGUGAGACUGGCAAAGGUGGUGGUGGAUGAUGUUUUUAGAGCGCCGUGUGACACCUCGGUCCUGUACCCAACGACAGGAGGGAACAUGCACCGGUUCACCGCCAUUUCGCCUUGUGCGAUCCUCGACAUUCUUGGGCCGCCCUACUCCAUAGAGGAGGACAGGGACUGCACGUACUACACCGAUAUACCAUACACACACCAUUCGACGGGCGUAGAUGACACCGGUGAUGACCUCAACGGCUUGGACGUGGAGCAUGGCCAAGGCCGUCUAGCAUGGCUGAAGGAGAUCGACAUGCCGACGGAGCUCAAGAUGCACAGCGUCCACUACGGUGGCCCGCCGAUCUCCGACAAGUGAGAUCGCCGGCCGUCGCCCCUCCGUCCGGCCAGUUGUACUGUAUCUAACUGAUCAUGGCAGAGCCGUCGUUGUCGUCCGUCGUCUAACAUUGUGAAUAGCAGCAAGCCAUAGGCCUUAGUUAACAGAGUUCGAGUACAAUGCUUGCUUGCAUCGUUGUUCUCUAGAUGCCCUUUCUUGUUAUUUGUGUUUCUACUGCAGAUGGACGUUUUGUCUUAAUUAAUACAUAAGUCAUCCACAGAUUUCAUUUU